GACCAAUGGAAACCAUGCAGUAAACUAAGAUUUAGAAUUAUGUGAGAAUUUGUUAAAUAAUACCUAGGUUAGGUAGAUUUAGUACUAGAUCUAGUUGGUACAAUUUUUAGUUGACCAAAAUUCAAAUAAUGGCAGCAACAGAAGGAGGACUCAGUGCACCCGAUCACGACCCUUUGACGAUACUAGAAAAUGUCACGAUGUUUGUUUUCAAACCUGAGAUUGAAUUGGUCGAAGCCAUUACUAUAAUUGAUUUAAAGAAUAAAUUUCGAAUCUUCGAUGAAAUGGGUAGAUUACUACUACUAGCUGUUGAAGAGUCCACGGCAAACGGCCCCAACAGAAACUUCACCAUGCACGUGACCGACUACAACAGCGAGGAGAUUCUCACCCUGGAGCGGCCCUUCAGCUUCAGCAACCCGUGCUACAUCUCGUGUUCCUGUUUCGACGUGUGUCGUCAACAGAUAGAAACGUUCAGCCUUGGCCAAAAGGUCGGCUCGGUCAGGGUCCAGUGGACGCUCUUCCGGUCGAAAUUUAUCGUCUACACAGUCGAGGAGGAACCGCGGUAUGACAUCAUAGCCCAACGACGAGCCUGCUCAAAAAAAGAAGUGUUCACAGUUUAUCUGCAUAAUACCAAACAAACCAUUGGCGAAAUUCGAAAAAAAUAUUUGGCUCACGAGACUAUUACUGAUGACGAUGCAUUUGGACUUACAGUGGACGCAAAUAUCCCACACCGAGAUAAAGCUUUGUUAAUUAGUGCUGUCUUUUUAAUCCAUGUAUUAUUUUUUAGUGACGAAUAAGUCACAGAUUUAUGUC